CCAAACAGACUUGGUCCUUCUAAAUAACGCAAGAAUAAUUUGACUGGCCUUGUCCGCCGAACAAGUGACUGCAACGUUAUGUCUAGAUUUGUAUCGAACACACUCAUCGGCGGGGUUUUGUUGCAAGAUUUUAGUUUAUGUUUCACAAUUUGCUUUUGGAGGAGGAAUAUGGCUUACGUAGAGUGAACGCAGAUCUCCCAAUACCUCAGUACGAGACUUUCGCUGUACUCAUCUGUUGUCGCCUUGCAACAUGGAGUUUGCCUACCAUGUAACUGAAGGCUGACCAGAAGAAAGGAGGCCCCACUGAAGAUGUUCGCAGUUAGCCUUGUGGAUCCUGCUGGGUUUCGGAGUGCUUUUUUAUGACUAGUAUUGUAUGUGUGUCUUUGGGCACAGCCUAGCAUAACCUGCCUAAUCCUCAGGCAGGGAAAUGCUACUCUGAGACUUGUGGUGGAGAAACGUGAAAGAGGAGACCCUUAAGGAACGUAAAGGAAAAAGGGGAACCCUCAUCUAAAUAGCCGUUUGAUUUACACACAGGGAACUUAAGCUGAAGAUUGGGCUCAUUUUCCCAAUGGUCUUGUGAACAUUGCACAUUUUUAGCAGCAACAUCUUUCCUCUGUCCUCAAAGAUUUGUCUUCCUCCCUCUCCCUGAAGUGUCCUCUCUCAUUGUUAUUGGCAUUUCUAUGGUUUGCAUGGCUGGACAAUAACCGUGGAGAGGCCAGGGUAUCACAAGCUUAUGGAUUUUGAUAAGAGAGGGGGCAAGGGAGAGACAGAGGAAGGGAAAAAGAUGUCUAAGACAACAGGCAGCAGGACUGGACAUGGGGGCCGGAGUUCAGGGACCAAUUCUGGAGUGCUUAUGGUUGGCCCAAACUUCCGUGUGGGUAAAAAAAUUGGCUGUGGGAACUUUGGAGAACUGCGACUGGGGAAGAAUCUCUAUACUAAUGAAUAUGUGGCCAUCAAAUUGGAACCUAUAAAGUCGAGGGCGCCACAACUCCAUUUGGAGUAUAGAUUUUACAAACAGUUGGGAAAUUCAGAGGGAAUCCCUCAGGUGUAUUACUUUGGUCCUUGCGGGAAAUACAAUGCCAUGGUGCUGGAACUCCUCGGACCCAGUCUAGAGGACCUGUUUGACCUCUGUGACCGCACCUUCUCCCUCAAGACCGUCCUCAUGAUAGCCAUACAGCUGAUAACACGGAUGGAGUAUGUCCACACCAAGAGUCUGAUAUACAGAGAUGUGAAGCCAGAGAAUUUCUUGGUUGGGCGGCCAGGAAGCAAGAGGCAGCACACCAUCCACAUUAUUGACUUUGGUCUGGCCAAAGAGUACAUAGAUCCCGAGACCAAAAAACAUAUCCCCUACAGGGAGCACAAGAGUCUGACUGGGACAGCACGCUACAUGAGCAUCAACACACACCUGGGAAAAGAGCAAAGUAGAAGGGAUGAUUUGGAGGCGCUGGGUCACAUGUUCAUGUACUUCCUUCGAGGAAGCCUACCGUGGCAGGGCCUUAAGGCCGACACAUUGAAGGAGAGGUAUCAGAAAAUUGGGGACACCAAACGAGCGACGCCAAUUGAAGUGCUUUGCGAAAGCUUCCCUGAAGAGAUGGCCACCUACCUGCGCUAUGUGAGGAGGCUGGACUUCUUUGAGAAGCCUGAUUACGACUACUUGAGGAAGCUCUUCACUGAUCUGUUCGAUAGGAAUGGCUAUGUCUUUGACUAUGAGUAUGACUGGGUCGGCAAAUCACUUCCCACACCGAUUGGCCCGAUCCCCAGUGACACGCCCCUGCAGCCCAGCAGCAGAGACAAAGCACAACAGCAGACCAAAAACCAGUCUCCUGAGCCCAAAGGAAGUGAGUCUCAGCCCACUCCCGUGACCAAUAAGGAGACUCUGGGGUCGCACCUCACAGCUGAACGGCUGGGGGGUUCUGUUCAGGUGAUGAGCUCAACGAAUGGAGAGCUGAACACUGAUGAUCCCACAGCCGGACACUCCAACGCUCCCAUCACUGCUCCCACUGAGGUCGAAGUGGCUGAUGAAACCAAGUGCUGUUGUUUCUUCAAAAGGAGAAAGAGGAAAGCCCUCCAGAGGCACAAGUGAAACAAGAGAAUGGAGAGAACUUGAAAACAUUGCGGUCACUGUCAAGUUUUAAAUGGAAGCAACUUCACAGAUCCCCCCUUGCCUCUUUUUCUCUUUCCAGCUUCCCCUUCACCUCUUUACUCCUCUCACCUUGUUUCCCCUUUCACUUUGUACCCUGCCUCACUGCCCCACGCUCUCUGUCUCUCUCUCUCUCUCUGUCUCUCUCUCUCGAUCUCAGUGCUCCCCCUCCCCCCAGCUACUGACGAGUUAAAGGAAUGUUGCAGUCCUACUGACUCCACAACAGACUCUUGAUUCCUUUACUGAAGAAAAAUGAACGUACCUGCAUUACAACGGGGGGCUUGAGAGGAAAAAGUAAAAAAGCUGUAACAAUGAAACUCGAAUACCGUGGCGUGAAUAUGAAAAAAAGAUACUGUUUGAAACAGUUGUUGUAUUCUAGAUUCCAUAAAGAAGGUGUAUUGUUCCAACAGCCAACUGUUGAUCAGGGGAAUCAUGGAAGUGGUUCAAGUGAAAGAAAUCUGCUCCUUAGGAAAUUUUCUUGUUUUCUUGUUUGUUUUUUUCCUUCCUUUGGUGUGUGUUUUGGGAUCAAGGUAAAGAGGAAAAGGUGAACUAUGCUGAUGUUAAUCUGAGAGACACAGGAAGCAUUUCAUCUACUGUAUAAAACAGAAUUUGGAGGAUUUUAUGUAUUUUUUUUUUCUUAUUUUGUAAUUGAAUCCUCAGUUUUUUCCUGCAAAUUCCUGCAUUGAAAACUUAAUUUUAUGUUGUAGUGUUCUGGAGUUCCGUUCUUUUCCCUCACUCUGGCUUUCUUUAUGUUUGUCAACAUGGACUUUGUAGCACAGUCACUGGCCUCAGGUACUGUGGAAGAUUGAGAGAAACAGAUAUUAAGCUCUCUUAUUAUUAUUGCACUUUUGGAAAAAAAAAGAAAGAAAAGAAAAUGACAGUGGAAAAACUUUAGGUUUGAAAUUAACAGUUAAGAAAACAACUUAAUAAAGACUGAUCUAGGAAGAGUCCUUCACACCACUUAUAUCUGAGUUAUGGCCGAAACAUGUUGUUGAUUUACAUGAAAGGAGAAAGAUAUAUCUUUCAAUUUUUAUUUCUUACAUCAAAAUAAUUUACCAGGAAAUCAUAGUUUGUGCCUUUCUAAGUAAAAUGUUUAAAGCUCA